AUGAAUGGCCGAAAUGCACCACUAUCACCCGUAUCUAUAGGCGAUAGUGACUGGCCAAACGGUUAUCCAAUGGACAAGGACGACCCCUACGGCAACAAUCGUGGCCAACUCAUUUCACCACCCAACUCUGGUGGCUCCCUCCCAAGCCCUAUGAACUCCGGUUUUCCCACGGGCCCGCGCAAUGGCAACGGCGGGCCCUCACCACCACCCUCCAUCGGCCGCUCCAGCGCCGGCCCCAGCAUGUACGCCCGCAGCGAAAGCGGCCGCAGCCAGCGCGAAGAGGCCACGGACGCUGUGCUCGGCGAGCACUACAUUGCCCUCAAGCGCUUUCUCGCCCAGACGUCGCGCGACGGCAAGGCCGCACCGCCCGCCAACAAAGCACGCGACAAGCUGCAACGCCUGACGUCUGUGCAGUUCCUCGAGCUCAGCACCGAUGUCUACGACGAACUCAUGCGCCGGCAAGCGGUCAGCCGCCGCCAAAACAAUGGCGGCCCGCAGGGCCCCGGUGGCCCGCCCAGCUAUCUCUUGCCCGAAGACUCGUUCCACCCAAAACGCAAUCAGGCCCGCCAAAAGCUUGCGUCGCUUGGCCCACCACGCUUCCGCGACCUUGCGACCGACGUGUUCUGCGAGCUGGAGCGACGAAUCCCGCGCUUUACCGGCGGCGACAUCCCGCGCAUGGGCAGCCCGGCCGGAUCGAUGCGACCAUCAAGUCGCGCCCAGACUCCAGUCAACGGCGGCAUGAAUGGCUUCCCGCCACGCAAUCAGAGUCGGCGGCGACCGUCCGAAGCUGGUUCCGUUCGCUCGAUGCGCAGCGGCGUUGGCGUGAAUGGUCUGGGACUGGGUCCCGGCGGCCUUGGGAACAGCUCCGUACCGCCAUCGCCCGGCCUGCCACCCAACAACUAUGACCGACCAAUGCAAAAGCAAUCACAAAGCAACACGAUUGUGCCAAAUAAGAGCACUAUGGUUGAGGAAGACGAUGACCCCAUGAUGAACCCUAUGGGCGGUGGCAACCUGAACGGCGACGACUACGGUGUGCAGAGGCAAAUGAACAGCGGCGCCGAGAACGCAUUACAGACGGAGAUGGCGGCCAUGGAGUCGGACAUGAAGAAGAACAAGGUGGAGAUGGAUGCGAUACUCGACGCUGAGCGCACACGCGCGUCUGCCAGCAAUGUCGAGAAGCAGGAGUGGUCGAACGCGCGGCGUGAUCUCGAGAACCAGCUGGCAGACUCGGCCAGUCUCGCAGAAUCGCUACAGCAGGACAUGGACCGGAUGCGCAACGACCACGCAGCUGAGGAGCGCCAGCUGCGCGCCCAGAUUGACGAUUUGCGGCAAUCCCUCGCAGAGAGUGCACGCAACAACAGCAACGGCAACUCGAGCCGGGGUGGCAACGACGACUUGCUGCGCGAAAACGAGGACCUGCGACAGCAACUGCGCGAGCAGCAGCAAGUCACCGAGGAAGUGCGCGGCGAAGCCGAGCGGUUCCUGAACGAGAUGCGCAUGCUUUCCCAAAAGAGCGGCACGACAUGGGAGAAGCACGCCGACCUGGAGAAGACAAUUGCAUCGCUCGAGGCGGAGGUGCGUGAUUGGCGCAACCGGUACGCACGGGCCAAGACACAGCUGCGAACGCUGCGCGGCUCGUCCACCGGCCUGGGCAUGCAGCAGGAGGACGCUGGUCGGUACAUGCGCGAGAAGGGCUUCACGACCGACGGCGGCCUUAUCAAGGACGUGCACGUCACAAAAUUCCAGAUGGCGAUUGAUGAACUGCUACGGCGGGCUCGCCUCGAGGAGCCCGAGCGGACGAUCGACUCCAUGAAGGCCGUUGUUGUGGCGGUGCGCCGCAUCACCAAGGACUUGGACGACGCGCCAGCGCCGCUGGGCCAAGACGAGGAUGCGACGCAGCAACAGCAGGCGAAGCUGAAGACGCGCGUGUCGGGCACAGCCAACAACCUGAUCACGGCGGCGAAGAACUUUGCCAUGUCCGCUGGCUUGUCGCCCGUGUCGCUGCUCGAUGCGGCGGCAUCACACCUGGUGGCGGCCGUGGUCGAGCUCCUGCGGGUGGUCAAAGUCCGCACAACGCCGGCGGGCGAGCUGGAGGACGACGACAACAAUAUGUCAACCACCAUGUCCAUGUCAAUGAUGGACGACGACAACGGCUCUCUGACGCCCGUCGAGUCCAACGCCAGCUACUUCUCACCGCGCAGCAACGGCGGCCAAACAACGGCCACGACGCUGUCGUCGACGACAACGCAAAACUCGCUACCUCCGCCGCCACCCUUCCAGGGUCUGGGUGGCGUGCGCGACAGCGCAGACUCGUCUGCAUACAGCCCGGUAAGCUCGCCGCGGCAGUCGGUUGACCGGUUCGGCAGCUAUGCCAACGGCGGCCGGCGCUCCAUGUCGCGUGGCGCGCCGAAUGGUAUAAUGGGCGGUGCCAGCGGGAUGAACGGGAUGAACGGGAUGAACGGGAUGAACGGCAACUACCUCGGCAUCAACAAGAACCUUCCCUCGGCGCCUGGCGGCAACGAUAACGACCUCGUUGGCAGUGGCUUUGGCGGCAGCGGAUCGGGCCGCGCCGGCCAGCGCACCGAGGAUCUCAAGGCGCUGCUUGACGACCAGACAGCGGUGAUGGUGCAGAUCAUCCAGGACAUGGUCGGGUCGAUCCGCAGCGAGGCGGGUGUGCAGCAGAUUACGCAGCAGAUCAACGAGAUUGCCGAUAUCGUCGGGAAAGUGAUUGCCGAGACAGAAGCCAGCGGCAACGGCGGGCCUUCGCUCGACAAGCUGGUGAGCUGCCGGCAGCGGCUGGUGGAAGCGGGCGACCGGGGCGAGUCGAUGCGGGCAACGGAGGCGAGCGGCGGGCGCAAGAUGGACAUGCGGUCGUGGACGACGUCGCUGCCUCCGGUGGCGUUUGAGAUUGCGCGCGAGACCAAGGAGCUGGUCAAGCGGAUUGACCGUCUUGUGCUCGGCGAAGGCAACGACGACUUUUCGUAA